UUUUUGCCCUUAUCCUGAUAAAAUUGUUCACUCGUCGCGUUUCUUCAACUCCACAAGCGCCGACUCCCUCUUAUUCUCUCUCUCUCUCUCUCAGGUCCUUCCGACCGUCAAUGGCAGCUUGCUCUGCUAAAAGCCUAGUACCGCUUAGCUGUACAAGCUCUGCUCCUCGUUUACAGUGCAAAGCAAAUAAAAUUAUCUUGGAUGGCUUACAUGGAGGAUGUUCUACUGUAACAAACUGUAGAAAAUCAAGAAGGACAUUUCUUUGGAAAUCUGUAUGCCUAGGUGCUGUUGUUCUGCAUGCAAAUCCUAGCUUUUCAGUGUCAUUGUUGGAGAUGAAGGAGCCUGAGAUGAUCAGGUAUCAAAAGCUGAAAAGUGGAGUAAAAAUUGAAGAAAUCGUAGAAGGGGAAGGGCCAGAGACACACGAAGGAGAUGUAGUUGAAAUUAAUUAUGUUUGUCGACGUUCAAAUGGAUACUUUGUACAUAGCACACAGAAUCAACUUAGCGGUGAAAGCAAGCCUGUGAUAAUUUCAUUGGAUGGAAAGGAGGUAAUUCAGGGCCUCAAAGAUGUUCUGGUUGGCAUGAAAGUUGGAGUUAUAAAAUAAUGAUUUCUAUAUUGUUUAUUUUACAUGUGAAAUUACUGUUAAAGUGGUGUUCAUAGUUUGAAAUUAAUGUUGUUUUCUAACUACCUUUAAUCAAAUGAUUGAUCGAGUAAAUUUCAAUUA